UUUUGUUUUUUUUUUUGCUACGAAUUCUAUAUAUAAUCGUAUAAUGCCGACCGAUUUAUCAGAAUAACGGCUGCCAUUAAAUUCAAAUCGAUGGCGCUCGUAGUGGGGGAAUGGUGUGUGUGCCAAUUCGCCAACAUUCCAUUCUAAUCCAAUUAGCCAACGAAGACAUCAAGUGCCAAGUGAAACCGCGAGGGAAUCAGUUGUUGCUCCGCCCCAGCUGCAUAAUAAUUAUGAUGUUCCUUACGUAAAUAUUGCAUAUGCGCGACGGAGUGUUUAUAAUUAGACACCAAUCAUUGCGUAUGCAAUGUGCAUGCAAUUGGAAUCCCUCAAUUUCUUCAAAGACAAAUCAAUAUAAAUGUUGGCCAAAAUAUGGCUUCUUUGCGUGUAGUCAAUAGAUUAGUGUGCCGCGGCUUCGUGGUGAUGACUCUACUUUUAAUCUUCUUCAAUGAAAUAUUAAUCUACUAUAUAGCCCAGUCGAGUUGGCAGAAUAUUGAUUGUAAACUGGAGAAUUGCACACGGAUGCUGCUUAUUGCUGAUCCACAAAUUUUGGGCAAUUCAUAUGAUCGCUCCUCACACAGUCCAUUGGCACGCUAUGAUUCGGAUAGAUAUUUGCAAAAGUCCUUUGAACGUGCCGUAUCCUUCACCCAACCACAUAUCAUUGUAUUUGUGGGAGAUCUUCUAGACGAGGGUAAUAUAGCCACGGCACAGGAGUAUAAGCAAUAUGUCCAGAGAUUUAAACGUAUCUAUCAUCACAAGCGCUUCAAUAAUUUUCGUAUGAUUUCGGCUUAUUUGCAGCGUGUUCAUGUCCCUGGAGAUAAUGAUAUUGGCGGUGAGAAUGGCGAUUAUAUAUCGAAUUCAAAUCAACGACGAUUCAAGAAUGAGUUUAUGAGCGAAGAUCUCUUUGAUUAUGACAAUCGUUUGCGUUUCUUUAAGAUAAAUCGCAUGCUAUUGGAUUUCACAAAUCCAGAUCGGGAACAUAAUUCGGAACGUUUGCGUAUUGGCGUCUCACAUGCUCCGCUUCUCAUUGGUGGCGGUCCAUUGCUGAGAGCCAUCAUCAGUGACUUGGAUCCACAUAUCAUAUUCUCAGCCCAUUGGCAUGAGUCCAGGAUAUUCAUUUAUCCAUCAACGAAAGUCAUCAAUUUCUAUGAGAAUGCCGUCAGACACUUUGAUCUGAGGGCCUUGAAAGAGCAGGAGCAUAGCUACCUGGAGAUAAUGGUUCCAACAUGCUCUUAUCGCAUGGGUAAAUCAAAAAUUGGCAUGGGUUAUGCAGUGCUGGAGAACUAUAAUCUCCAUUAUACGGUGCUGUGGCAACCAAAUCGUUUCAUCCUACUCUUCACCUACGUCUUCUGGGGUCUCUUUGUCCUGUGCAGUGCCAUUGUCUAUAAAAUGAUGACCCGUUGCCCUUUCCGCGUGGCCAAACGUCAGACGCUCUAUAGUCGCGUCUCAUCUACCAUACCUCAAUUUUAGACUGUAUGUUAUUUAUUUUGAAAAGUGGCUCAUUAUAUAUAUCGAACAAACUUAUAUAUUUACAUGUAUACAUUUUAUAUUGUACACUUAAUUGGAAUAUUGUUAGACUGUAAUUUUUAAGUAUUAAUUGUGACUAAUUUUUACUAAUCUGCAAAGAAUAUUUUUCCAAAGAUUCUUAUUAUGUUUUUGAAUUUUUUUUAGCCUGUAGAAUUUUUAUAUCCAUGAAAAUGAUUCCACAUCAUAUAGUUGAAAUGGCAUCCAGUUACUAAUGCAAGUAAUUAACAUUUUAGAGAGACUAAAAAAAUACUUAUUGAUGAAAUUUCAAAUAUAUAUUUUAAAAUGGAA